CCCGCAGACGAGCGGGGGCACGGCCGCGGCGCUCCCGGGCGGGGAGGCGGGGUCGCAACCCCAAAACCAGCACUGCCCCAUUUAUUUCAUUUCUUCCAGGUGACGCGACAUCCCCCAGGCUGUAACACGCCGACUCCUGCGUUUCUCUCCGCCGGGCAAGGAGCCGGGAGCAUCCUCUCGGGAUGGGGGGCCGGCGGUCUCCGUUAGAACCGGGCGUGCCUUGCCAGGCAGAAUUAUGGGGUGACCUCGAGGUGUUCGAAGAAGAUGAGGAGCUGGAGGGUUUCAGGAGGGAGGCGGAAGUUCUGCGUGAGAAGCUGAGGGAGGCUCUCAGUCAUACAUCUGGUAAUAUAAGGCAGUCCAGUUCUUUGACCGACCUCACCUCAGACAGUACCUGCGAUCAGCAAAAGCCUCACUUGUUUCCUAAGCCCCGCUUGAGGCCAAAAAGUGCUUCAUCUCCCUGGAUUCCUUCCAUCACCAUCCCUCAGCCUUUCCAAAUGACACUGCGGGAAGCUCGCAAAAAGUCCGAGUUGCUGAAGUCAUACAUGUUUCUUGAACUAGACAAACAGAGAAACAAAAGGCAAAGCCAGGAUGAAGCUGAAUGUCAGAAACAAUUCCGGGCACAGCCUGUACCUGCCCACGUGUUUCUGCCCCUUUAUCAGGAAAUAAUGGAACAGAAUGAGAUUCGCAGGCAAGCAGCAACACAGAAAAGAAAGGAGCUGCUACUUUCAACACAGCGGCCCUUCAGUUUUCUGGAGAAGGAAGAGAAAAAGAAAGAAGCUAUCAGACAAAAAUUCCUGGCAGCAGCAACCCCAAAUGAGAGCUCCAAACAGAAGCAAGCCAGUAAAAAAGUACCUAAAUCUACUUAUGACUCACUUCUUGGAGAUAAACUCAAAGAAGCUGAACUCUACCGGGAAAUCCGUAUUCAAAUGAGAGCAAAGGAUUUGCUCAAGAGUUCCGUAGCUCCUAUAGAUACCAGCAACUGUCGGAGGGAGCCUCAGUCCCGAACUUCCACCAGAACUAAGCAGGAAAGACUUGGCUUCUUACAGGACAGAAGUUUCAGCUUCAAACCAAGGAUUAAUCCAACAGUACCAGAUUUUGAAGAACUGUACUGGGCGUUUCAGAGGAAGACACUGAGGAGACAAGAAAUCAAAGAGCCAACUCGUAAUAAACCAUUCAAGCUAAGAACCUCUGCCAGGCAGAGGCAGGCUAAUGAAAAGAUAAAGGAUUCUCAGAAGCUUUCCAAGGUUUCAGUGCAAAAAAGUCACUCUCUGCCUGGACUUUCCUCUCUCUCUUCCAACACCCUUCCUGUGCAUAUUACAGAUGCAACUAGAAAGAGGGAAUCAGCUAUUAGAUAUGCCCAAGAUAACAAAAAGGAGGGGGACAAAGAAGGAAUUUAUUGGCUGGAGAAACAAAAAAUGAAAUGUCAAGCUAUGCAAAAGUCUCUAAACAGCCGAGCAAAAGCACUGGAUCCUCAUAAAAGUCUGGAGGAAACACAAAAGGAGAAGUCAAAACAGAUCAGGAAAAAUAUGCAAGACAGAACAAAAGAAUACAGAAAAGAGCUGGAAGAAAUGCAGCUGCGAGUCAAGAACAGACCAUUCCUCUUCGAGCAGGUCACAAAGCAUGAUGCUCGUCAAGGAGCAGAGCGUCGCUACAGACGCACCCUCCAGCAGGUUGGCCUAAGCGAAGAAUUUGUAAGGAAAAAAGGGAAAGAUGCCACUGACUUGCUGGAAGAAGAAUCUGAUGUUCACAGGGAAAAACCAUUUCUGGUAUUAGAUCAUCACUGUUUCUGCAGGCUGCCCGAGCCUCAGGGUGAAAAGGAUGACUGUACUGGACAGGAAGGAGUACCUCAGGAGGAACAGAGCGCAAAGGGAGUGGCAACAUAAAAGCUCGCAGAAGAAUCCAAUCAGCUCUUGAGUUUUUUGUUCCAAGAUUCUCCAGUUUAAUCCUCAGGAACUUAAUAGUUAAAGCUGACACCUAAGAAUUGCUGUGGGGUGAGAUGGGAGAAUUUAGUAAAGGAAAAAAACCAGCUGUUGUUUAGAGCAUGUCUCGUUUAACCCAGCAAACCCUGCAGCCUCCCUUAGUCUUGAAAAGUGUCUCUUGUGUGACCUCUUUCCCUUUAACGGGCAACAAAACAAAUUAAAGAGGUUGAAGCACUAUCUUUGGAUAAAAGUAUAUAUUAAAGAUUGAAGAGUGCAUCCUCUAGUGUCAGCUCCUUGCAGUCAUGCCACAGAAGCACACAGAAAGGAAGAAUGCCUUCCACUGUGCACUAUUUUAGGCACAUAUAUUGGUAGAAUACUUCCAAACAAGUAUUUCUACAAAAACAAAUAUCAGGAUUUGACCCACCUUGGGAGAAAACUCAAAGGGGAAGUCUUUCUCUGGUAUUAAUGCUUCAUUCACUCAAUACCAGCUCUGCUUUUUCCCCCAGUUAGUAAGAAAAAAUAGUCUUCCUAUAUUAAAAAGUCUCCCAUGUUUCAUGAUUUGAAAGCAUUUCAACAUCUUACCAAUUUAGGUCGUUAAUUUGGCCCAAAAAACAACCAAAGUUAUGAAGAAGGUUGUAAUUAAACAGUGCGUCACUUUGAAUUGUUGUUGUCCUAAUUGUAUGAUUACUAUGAUAUCAAAGAUGGAUCUUGGAGAAGAAAAGAUUAGGUGUUGCCUGCUAGGACUUUGCACUCAAAUGCCUAGUGCAUCUUGAACGGCAUAUUUCACACUUGAGUGAUCUCUCUUUACCUGACACUAAUAUCAAUUUUAAAAAUAAAAAUCCUUGCCACCUGGAAUGUUUUCUGAGAAUUUUGCACUUUGACAUUAAAAUAUUUUUAAAUGGAUAUAAUGUUUCUGUAUUACACAAUUUUCCUUAUCAAACAUCUCACUUACUUAAAUAGAUGUGUCUCUUUUUGUCACCUCAAUCCUUUUUUCCUUACAUUUUAACAACACAGCCUUACCAUCAAAUCAGAAAUACAGUAACUGUCAGAGCUACUACAUUAGACAAAGAUAUAAAUAAUGACAUUUUUAAUCAUAACAAAGUACUAAAUCCAAGAAUUUGUGGCCCAGGGGUUUCACACUGCUACAUUACAAGCUGAAUACACCAGACUGCAGCAUCCUCACUUGUGACUCAGGCUUAAGUUCCUUGCAGGGUUUCAGGAAGGCUGUUACCAGUUCCUACACAGGAUUAAUUGUGUAGGACAUACAGAGGCUGUUCUUUCUCUGGGUACCCCCUGGAAAAGAGCAGUGAUGUAACCAUAUUGUCACUGUGCCUUGCCACAUUGAAAGAGGCAGGAAAGAAGAUUACUUCCAUGCUCCAAGUCUGUGGUUUAAAGCCUCUUUGUAUGAAUAUUUUUGGAGCAGUGAGACUGAAAUUAUAAUACAUACAUUUUGAAAGGUAUUUACUAAAAUUGGUUGCUAAUUUCCAUAGUAAUAGUUAAUGGCGCUGAAAAAAGAAAUUUCCAAGUAUGUGAAGUGAAAAGGGAAACCCUAAGAAAGGAGGAACAAAAGUUUAAAUUAUUAUGCCAUAUCCUUUUAACAAAUACUAAGGUGACAUGCAUGAAUAUAGUAACUAAUUAAAGUCUUCAUAUUGGUCCUAAAGAGAAAUUGCAAAAAUACGAUGAAACUAAGAGCAUCAAACUAAGUAACUGAAACUCACAUAUCUCUUGCUAAACAAAGUUUUGUUCCAAAAAGAGGAUUACAAUUCUGUAAUCCUAAAAGAGAACGGUAGUCUUGUAAUAUGUCUCAAAAAUGGUAUGGAAAUAAAGAAUUUCAACUAUG